CUUUUAAAAUACAAACAGCUCCUCUCCGUUCCAUUUCUGUGUCUCUUUUUCUCUAUUCCUCUAUUCAAAAAAUCGCCGAUUUUCAUCAGAUGGGAACGAAGCAACCUUUAUUAGCUUUUGAGACUAACGAGUCCACCACAACAAGUUCGCAUGAAAGUAACAGUUUGAGUCAGGGUGAUUCUACAACAAAUGGAUCUGUUAGUGAUCAAAAUGAUUAAUGCAAGUGGUUCAAUUGGGAUUGUGAGUGAAGUUGCUGGUGACUCAGAUUCAGAUGGAAGCAUAGCCGAUGAUAGAGAUGACGAAGAUGAAGAAGAAGAUCUGGAUGGUGAAGAUGAAAACACUGAUGUUGAUUACAAUAGCAAUGUUAAUGAGAGUGGUGAGGGGAACAAAGUUGACCGCGAUUAUAAGUGUGGUGAUCUUCAAGCCGAUCAAAUUCGGGUACUCUGGAUGGAUGAUACUGAGCCAGUUCAAAGUAUUAAGAAUGUAACUGUUGUUGAUCGGGGUUUCUUACAUGGGGAUUAUGUUGGUGCUGCUUCAGACUCAACUGGGCAGGUCGGUGUUGUGGUGGAUGUCAAUAUCUCUGUUGAUCUGUUAGCUCCAGAUGGAUCUAUUAUAAAAGAUAUCUCCACUAGAGAUUUGCAACGUGUGAGGGAUUUCACUGUGGGUGAUUAUGUGGUCCUUGGUCCCUGGCUAGGUAGAAUAGAUGAUGUUUUAGAUAAUGUCAACGUGUUGUUUGAUGAUGGCUCUAUGUGCAAAGUUAUGAGGGCUGAACCAUUGCGUCUCAAACCAAGUACUAGGAACACCCUUGAAGAUGAUAGUAAUUUUCCGUACUAUCCUGGCCAGCGUGUAAAGGCAAGCUCUUCAUCUGUUUUCAAGAAUUCUAGGUGGUUAUCUGGCUUAUGGAAGCCAAAUCGGCUAGAAGGUACAGUCACUAAAGUUGCAGCUGGAUCUGUGUUUAUUUAUUGGAUAGCAUCUGCUGGCUAUGGGCCCGAUUCUUCGACUGCCCCAGCUGGAGAGCAGAAUCCAAAGAAUCUAAAACUGUUGUCUUGUUUUACACAUGCGAAUUGGCAAGUGGGUGAUUGGUGUCUUCUUCCAACUUCAUUGCAAUCCAUUUCUUUGGACAAGGGUUUGUCUAAACUGCAACAUAAUGGUUCCAUAAGAAAUGGGGGAAAGCAUAAAAGUGACUCAGAAGAGGUUACUCUGGAAGAAUCAAAUGAUAAUGGUGAAUCCAUGGAUCUCAAUGCAAUGUCUACACCUGAUGAAAACAAUGCAAUUAUUGAAACUAAAGACAAUGGAGUUAUUGAAAAUAAAGCCUCACCUGAAUCUAGCUCUUGUAGCAGUUCAUUAUCAGUUUCAAAGGCGACUGUCCAUGAGCAUUGGCCACUUCACCGCAAGAAGAUACGUAAAGUUGUGAUUAGGAAAGACAAGAAAGCAAAAAAGAAAGUGGAUAAUUUUGAAAGGGCACUUUUAAUUGUCAAUAGUAGAACAAGUGUUGAUGUUGCAUGGCAGGAUGGAACGGUGGAACAUGGAGUACACGCAACGACGUUGAUCCCAAUUGAAACUCCUGGUGAUCAUGAAUUUGUUGCAGAGCAAUAUGUGGUGGAGAAAGCCUCCUAUGAUGGUGAUGAUGAAUAUGAACCCAGGCGUGUUGGGGUGGUAAAAAGUGUUAAUGCAAAGGAGCGGACAGCUUGUGUAAAGUGGUUAAAGCCAGUUGCCAGAGCAGAGGACCCUCGGGAGUUUGAAAAGGAGGAAAUAGUAAGUGUGUAUGAAUUGGAAGCUCAUCCAGAUUAUGAUUACUGUUAUGGUGAUGUGGUAGUUCGAUUACCCAUGGCUUCGGUUCCCAUGCAAUCUGCUUCUGGUGAAGGCUCCAUUAAGGAGCCAAAGCAGGAAGAUGGAUCAAAGGAGGUAAAACAAGACUUUAAAAAGCACUCAGGAAGUAAUAAAGUAGAAGGUGCAUCGCUGAAUGAAGCUUCCAUGGAGUUCACAGAUCUUUCUUGGGUUGGGAACAUAACUGGCUUGAGAAAUGGUGAUAUUGAGGUUACAUGGGCUGACGGGAUGGUCUCAACGGUUGGACCUCAAGCAAUUUACGUAGUUGGUCGAGAUGAUGAUGAGUCAAUUGCUGCCGGGAGUGAAGUAAGUGAUGACGCAGCUAGUUGGGAAACUGUUAAUGAUGAUGAGAUGGAUGCUUUUGAGAAUGCUGAAGAGGAUCUGGAACCACAAAAUGCCAGCAACAUUAUUUCAGAAGUAGAAGAGGGCAUGGAGAAUAAUUCUGGAAGGAAUGCAGCAUUAUCUCUCCCCUUAGCUGCAUUUGAUUUUGUCACCAGACUAGCGAGUGGAUUGUUUUCGGGAAGACAAAAAAAUGUUGAUCCAAUUGGUUUGGAUUCCAAAGGAGAAAAUGAGCAUCAGCCCGAGGGAAGAGAUUCCAGCUAUGAGUCUAGCUCGCAGAAGUCUAAUGUUCUUGAUAAUUCCAGUGGCGAAAGUGUUCAUGGAAAAGGACAGGAACACGUUGAAUCUAAGGCUCAGAAACAUUCACUUUCAGUGGAAGGUUUAUUCAACUUGAGAAUUGAAGACUCAGAUUCUAAAGCAGGUGAUGAGGAUCAUGCUUGCAGUUUCAGGCGGUUUGAUACAGCUAAGGAUCCUUUAGAUCAUUAUUUUCUUGGUGCAAAUGCACAGAAUAAUACUGGAAGGAAGUGGCUAAAGAAGGUUCAGCAAGAUUGGAACAUCCUUCAGAACAACCUGCCAGAUGGAAUCUAUGUACGAGUAUAUGAGGAUCGGAUGGACCUCUUGAGGGCUGUAAUAGUUGGGGCAUAUGGGACACCUUAUCAAGAUGGUCUCUUCUUCUUUGAUUUUCACCUUCCUCCUGAGUAUCCUGAUGUGCCACCAUCAGCGUACUAUCAUUCAGGUGGUUGGAGGAUAAAUCCCAAUUUAUAUGAGGAAGGCAAGGUGUGCCUUAGCCUUCUAAACACAUGGACUGGCAGGGGAAAUGAAGUUUGGGAUCCAUCGUCCUCAAGCAUCCUUCAAGUCCUAGUUUCAUUGCAGGGGUUAGUGCUAAAUGCUAAGCCAUAUUUCAAUGAAGCUGGGUAUGAUAAGCAGGUUGGGACAGCUGAAGGAGAGAAAAAUUCAUUGGCAUACAAUGAGAAUACUUUCUUACUGAACUGCAAGUCAAUGAUGUAUCUCAUGCGGAAGCCCCCAAAGGACUUUGAAGAACUUGUCAGAUGCCAUUUCAGGAGACGUGGUUAUUACAUCCUUAAAGCCUGUGAUGCAUACAUGAAAGGCUACUUAAUUGGCUCUCUAACUAAAGAUGCCUCUUUUAGUGAUGCGAACAAUGUAAACUCCACUUCAGUUGGUUUCAAACUGAUGUUAGGCAAGAUUGUGCCAAAGCUUUUAUCAGCACUUACUGAAGUUGGAGCUGAUUGUCAGGAAUUUAAGCAUCUCCAACAGUCAUAAUGGUGGGUUCUAAAGACAAACACAGCAUUGCCAUCAAAGCAACAAGGUCAGUGCUGGUACUUCCAAAUUCCAGAUGUCUUUCGAUGUAAACGCUUGAUCAUUGAUUAGAGGACUUGGUAAAACAUUCUCCUCUCGUAUUCGGAAGCCUUUAACUACCUUAGAAGGUUCAAAAGUUGUGCUGAUUCUCUUCUUUUCAAUUCUUUUGAGUGAAUGUCUUAUAACUUUUUUGUUCACUGAUUUCUUUUAGUACCCUAGGAAAUAGGAAUGGGAAGACAGUCAGGGUUUUGGAUUGACUGAUGACUUCAAAUGGUAAAUUGAUUUAAAUUGGAGAAAGUAUCCGUUGUCUCAAGUUUCAUUGUAUGUUCAUAGACUUUGAUAUGAAUAUUACCAAGUGAAUCGAUUAUCCAAAUCGGAUUUCUUUUUACUCUAUUUGUUGUUCUGAUAGGAUGCUGUAACACGGGUUAUGUUAUUUCAAUUUCUACUUAAAUUGAACUUAGGUUUUCCAUUUUAUCAAACCUUGUGAGUUAUCUUAAUACCCGUGCGAAUCUGAGAGCUUUCGCAUAGAAAAGGAUUUUUUGGGGAUAUGUAAACAUGAUAAUUUAUGUAU